UCUUCAUUGUGUUCGUGUAUUUAACCGUGUCUGUUUCUCCUUUCCCUGGUCGGUCUUUGUUGUAAGUUGAUGCCUGUUUCCCAUGCUUCCAUCAUUGUUACUUCUCCGUUGUUAUACCCGUUUAUGCCUCCCGUUAACCCUUUGUUUGCCUUUUGUGUUUUGUUUAUCUUUUUCCCAUCGUGGAUGUUUACUUUUGUUCAUGUUUGUAUUACCCUUGUUGUCUAAAUAAAACCUCCGCUGCGACUAGAUCCUCAUCCUGUGUCUGCCUCUACCCACCUUCAAUCGUGACAGAAAGACCGACCGCAAAUGGAUCUAGCAGCUGUUUUCACCACACUGGCCCAUGCAAAUUUUCCCGUUUGCGAGUACUCACGGUUCUUCUCCACGGUCGCCAUCCACACCGGGUUCGACGACGCUUCCCUGAAGCUCAUCUACCGGAGCGGGUUACCAUCAGCCCAGUGGUGGGAAGCGCCGGAAUUCGGAGAGCCCACUUGGAGGGAGUACGUGAGUCUCACCCUCAGGAAACUCGCACCCGAGGAACCACUCCUCGUGUUUCCGGCUGUCGAGCCUGAGCCCCUGCCUUCCCGGAUCGAUGAGCCAGCGAAGCCAACUUCUUCCGCCCGGAGAAGGAGGAGAAGGAAAGCCUCCGCACUCCGGCUCACGCCUGCCACGGUCAACGAGCCAGCACCCGCGCCUGCCACGGUCAGCGAGUCAGCGCCUGCCACGGUCAGCGAGCCGGCACCUACGCAUAUCACGGUGAGCGAGCCAACGCCUACGCACAUCACUGUGAGCGAGCCUGUCGCCCCUGAAGUUCCUGAGCCAGCGCCUGUAGCCUCGACCGUCCCUGAGCCAGCGCCUGUAGCCUCGACCGUCCCUGAGCCAGCGCCUGUAGCCUCGACCGUCCCUGAGCCAGCGCCAGCAGCCAGGACCGUCCAACAGCCAGCGCCCCUCGAACCCUCUAGGGCUCUGCUUCCCGAGCCUCCCAGAGCUCUGCCUUUCGAGCUUUCCAGAGCUCUGCCUCUCGAGCUUUCCAGAGCUCUGCCUCUUGAGCUUUCCAGAGCUCUGCCUCUCGAGCUUUCCAGAGCUCUGCCUCUCGAGCUUUCCAGAGCUCUGCCUCUCGAGCUUUCCAGAGCUCUGCCUCUCGAGCUUUCCAGAGCUCCGCCUCUCGAGCUUUCCAGAGCUCCGCCCCUCAAGUCACUCGGGCCUUCCAGGGCUCCGCCCCUCAAGUCACUCGAGCCUUCCAGGCCUCCGCCUCUAGAGCUGCCUACGGCACCACUGCCCUCGGCUCCACCUCCUGAGCCAUCCUUGGCUCCGCCUCCUAGGCCUUCCUCAGCACCGUCUCCUGAGCCCCCAGAGCCUCCCUCAGCUUUAUCUCCAAGGCCCCUUGGAUCAGCCCUAGCCCUUUGGCCUCCUCCCAGGCCCCCUGAACCGGCCCUUGCCUUACGGCCAGCCUCCAGGCCAUCUAAACCCGACCCUGCCCGGGCAACACCUCCAAGACCACCGAAACCUGUCCCUGCCCGGUCGAUACCUCCCUGGCCUCCUAAACCAUUCCCUUUGUGCCCCCGCGGACUGCCUAACUGCCCCUUGUGCUCCCACGGACUGCCUAACUGCCCCUUGUGCCCCCGUGGACUGCCUAAUUUCCCCUUGUGCCCCCGUGGACUGCCUAAUUUCCCCUUGUGCCCCCAUGGACUGCCUAAUUGCUCCUUGUACCCCCUUACUCUGUCUUUGUGUGCCUUGUGUCCCCUUUGGUCUGUUAGUUUUUCCUCCCUUCUAGCCCCUCUCGCCCUGUACAUCUGUUUAUUCCUGUUGGUUCUUCCCUCCUGUCUCUUAGGACCAUCUGGAAUCCGGUCCUUUUGAGGGGGGAUUAUGUAACGUUCCGGUGUUGUCUGUCCUAUGUUCUCUGUUUUCACCCAUCACGUUUAUGUCAUGUUUCCUGGUCUGCUCCAUGUUUUCCGUCUCACCUGUCACCGCUCCCAUUCCAUGUCACGUUUUCCCUGUUGUCCGCCUGUAGUCUCACUGUCUGAGCGUAAAACUACAUUUCCCACAAUUCCCGGCCCACGUCACUGCCUGCACUCAUCAGUGUUUCCACCUGUGUCUCGUUGAGUCUUCAUUGUGUUCGUGUAUUUAACCGUGUCUGUUUCUCCUUUCCCUGGUCGGUCUUUGUAAGUUGAUGCCUGUUUCCCAUGCUUCCAUCAUUGUUACUUCUCCGUGGUUAUACCUGUUUAUGCCUCCCGUUAACCCUUUGUUUGCCUUUCGUGUUUUGUUUAUCUUUUUCCCAUCGUGGAUGUUUACUUUUGUUCAUGUUUGUAUUACCCUUGUUGUCUAAAUAAAACCUCCGCUGCGACUAGAUCCUCAUCCUGUGUCUGCCUCUACCCACCUUCAAUCGUGUCAAAGAUCAUAAAGAACAGGACAAUAACCAUAAGCACACAAAACUCUGAGAAUGUCCUUGAGUGACCCAGCCAGAGACUGGACUUCAACCCAAGCGAAUAUCUCUGGAGAGACCUGAAAAUAGUCCACCGACCAAACAGAGAGCUUGAGAGGAUCUGCAGAGAAGAAUGGCAGAAAAUCCCCAAAUCCAGGAGUGCAAAGCUUGUAGCAUCAUACCCAAAAAUGACUUCAGGCUGUAAUCUUUGUCAAAGGUGCUUCAUCUAAGAACUGAGUUAAGGGUCUGAAUACUUACGCCAAUGUGAUAUUUAAGUUUUUUUUGUCUUUUUAAUAAACUUAAAAGUUAUUGCAUAGGGGGGUAAUUGUAAAGCUUUUUAGCAUAAGGCUGCAACAUAACAAAAUGUGGAGAAAAAAAAAAAUGAAUGGGUCUGAAUAAUUUCUGAAUGCACUGUAAACGGACAAGUCAUCAAAUGAUCAAAUGAAAGCUCUCACUCUCAGGAAUGUGACUGUACACUUAAUUUGGUUGCCCUAAUACCAUA